UCCUGAGGGGUUGGGAAUGGGGCUCAGGUUGGGCUGGGAUCUAGGACAGCGGAAGUGAGAGGGAGGCUCAGGCGGCCCCUCCUUGCUCACUCACUAGUUCCUCUGCUCUACCAUCCCACGCCUUUGCCACGUCCUUGUCCCCACCCCAAGCCUGCUCUGGAUCCAUUAGCGCAGCUCUGAGAGGCUCCCAGGGCGGGCUGCACAGUGCUGGGUCCCCUUGUGUCCCCAGUCUCCACCACUGAGCUUGAGGCCUCUUCAGGGCACUGUCCAGGGUCCGCUCGCUGCUGGCCUGUGUCUGACGGCCUCUGGCCGGUGUCUGCUCCUCUUGGGCUUCCACUGCCCCACAAGAAUUAACUCAGACCUCAGCCCCCUUCCCCCCAGGACACAGCUGGGCUGGAGGUGAGAUAUGGGCAGUCUCUCCUUCUCCUCCCCUCCCUCCUGUCUUGCCUCCUACCCCCAAGAUAGAUCAGUGGGCCCUAUCGCCCAACUUGGAAAGAAGUUGACCACUUACCCUUAUGAAGGAGUCAUUCUGGCCUCUGCCUUCAUGGCCAAACCUCCUGGGAGGGGGCUCCUGGCUCACCAUCGCAGCCUCAUCCUCAGAGGACCGUCCCCUGUGCUCCGCCGGCCCGGUACUGCCACAUUCCUCUUUGGAUUUUGUCACCACGCGUAAAGGCAUCGCCUCCAAAGCCACUGACCUGAGUGUCGCACUCUCUGACCAUGGCCUCCUCUUCUUUCCAGCUUCUUUUUCCUUCUUUUUUUACCCUUUGGAUCUUGCCGGGGUGUCCAGUCUGCUCUACACCCCAGUCCGACAGUUUCCUUCCAACCCCACUCCCUUGGACACAUCCAGCUUAGAUGCUCAGCCUUUGCACAUGGGCUGAAGUCUCUUGCCUGUUGGGCUUUCCUUCACAGCCUCUUGGAAAACCUUUGCCCUGUCUGAGCUCAACCACCCAAGUCCUCUGAGCUCUUCUCCGUGAUGAUGUUAGAGAAGGUCACAAAACAGGACACAGGGGUGACAUGUAAACUACCCCCUCCCACCUCCAAGGCACCUCGUUCUGCACCCAGACCUCCAGUCCACUCACUCUGCUGUCUCCUUGUGGACAAACACUAGUCUUCACUUGUUGCCUCCAUUUCCCCGUUUGCUCCUCACCUGCUCCAGCCUGGUCCCCCACCUCUUCAUGCUCCCCCAAGAUGACCGUGACACCCAGGUUCCUAAAUCCCAUCUCAUCCACUUCAUGGCAGCUCUCUGACCUUGCUGAUCACCCUGUCCUCUUGGAACCUCCUUUUCCUCUUGGUUCCAAGAUGCCACCCUCGCCUGGUCUCCCUGUGGCCCCUCUGUCUCCCGUCUUGGCUCCUCCACCCCACCUUUCUAUGUAGGGACCCCCUGGGAUCCUAAGCCCUCGUCUGUCUCCUCUCUCUCCUGAGGCCACCUCGUUACCCAGGGCUCCAGCUCCUGAGUGGACCACCAGUUCCCUCUGUGAGUGAACUCACAUUCACAUCUCUCCUGAGCCCAAGGCUGCAUGUCCAGCCCCAUCCUCGUCUUCUCAUGUGGAAUCUCACACACACCUCAUUUCAGCAAAUCAGAGUCAGAACUCACGCCUCCUCCUGGAUCCUGCCCCGUCCUCCGUGCAGCCCGUGCUUCCCAUCGCCAUGUCCCGUACUUUGGGGUCCCCUGACCCUCCUCUUCUCUCACUUGCACAUCUGGUCCUUCAGCAUGUCCGGCUGUGCUGCCUGCAGGAUCUCUCCUCAGUCCGCCCCCUCUCUGCACGCUGCUGCCACCUCGGCUCCGUCCCUUGUCAUCUUUCUCCCGGAAGCUUCUCCCAGCCUCCUUUCUGGCCUCCUUAUCGCCACGCUUGUCCUCUGUCGCCCACUUUCUCUUUAGCCCUGGCGGCAUUUCUCUGAAAUUUAGUUUAGAUCACACCACAUGUCAACUGAGAACCAUUCAAUGACUGCCUGUCGCUCUGAAGACAAGGACUAAAUGCUGCCCGGCGGGCCCUGCUGCCCCCGCCACCCACAGCCUGGGCACUCCGAGCCCCUGCUCUCCCCACGAGCCAAGCCCCCCCCAGAGCCUUUGCUCCUGCUGCUUCUCUGUCUGGAAGUGCUUCCCUUCUGCGGUCACCCGCUUGAUCCCCCUUAACCUCCCAUUUUCAGCUCACGUGUAACUGCCUUCUACAACCCUUUCUGGGCCCCUCAAAACUUAACCUCUGACUGGGCCCUGUUCAUGCUGAGACAGUCAAUUGUCCAACUGCUGCUUGAUUAUUUGUCUCUCCCACUAGACAGUAGCUCUGUGAGCAGACAUGACAUCUACAGUGCCCAGCCCAGGAGCUGACAUACAGUAGACACUUAAUAAAUGUUGGCUGAUGUUGUGGUUGAGGCCAUGCCCCAGGCCUGGGAAAAACCUGCCAUCACCUCCAUUGGUUAUCCAGGCCAAAGGGAUGAGCGUCCAGCUCCUUCCCACCCCUUCCCCCAGACCAGCUUACUGCAGAACAGGAUGACCCAGGUUUAUCGCGAGGCGUUCCUGAGAUUCUGGGUCUUGGGAUGUUCUCACCAUGCCCCGGGACAGCAGGGAUGUUAUACAGUUACUGCAGUUCUUCCUCCCCCUCCAAUGGCUCGGCUGUGGAGGCCAGUCUUAGUCAUCCCUCCUGCAGUCCCCCUUGCUGUGUGACCUUGGCAGAGUGGCUCUCCCUCUCUUGUCAAUUUCUUCACAUGCCUUGAAUCUUCACCCCAGGGUCCUCGGAGAGCAGGGAGAGGGUGACAAGGUGGAAUGACUUAUGUUCACCUGCCUGGAGCACCUGGGGGUAAUGGUGAGGCUUGGAUGAAACAUCCUGAGGGACUGGAGAGGAAACACCACUGGGAGGUGACCCACCCUCUUUUCAUAUUGGAGGACAUAGGCUGAGUUUGUUCAUCUGGAAAUGGAACAAUUGGUGGGUAGGCUGAUAGGUUCAGGAGAGAGAGAGAGAUGGAACACACUGGGAGAGAUAGAGACAGACAGGACGCAUUGUGAGAGAUAGGCAGACAGAGAGGAUGCACUGUGAGAGACAGAGAGACAGACAGGAGGCACUGUGAGAGAUAGACAGAUAGGACACACUGUGAGAGAGAGACAGACAGGACGCACUGUGAGAGACAGAGAGACAGACAGGACACGGUGUCAGAGAUAGAGAGACAGACGAGAUGCACUGUGAGACAUAGAUACACAGGAUGCAGCGUGCAUAGCGGCCAGCCCUCAGAAGGGGCUCAUAGGUGGGAGCUGCCCUCCUGGUUGAUGGUCAGAGUUCAGGCCCCUUCUCUGGCAUCAGCCUGGGCUGGAGGGUCUUGGGACUGCAGACCCUUCACCAUUCAAGUAACCAGAGGCCAUGUGGAGUUGAAAAUAUGUGAGAAUGAGCCCCUGGGUCUAGUCCUGAGUCCACCCUCCUGCCCACAAACCUCCCCCUUGAGCACCUCCCCCUGUGGCCGCCCCGUGGCUGCAAUCACUCCCAGGAUGAGGGAAAUCCAUCUUCUGGAGCCAAGGUCGGCCUCUGUGUGCAGAGCGUGUCUUCUCCCUGUGCCCUGGUUGCUCCCUUGGGACUUGGAGAGGCCUCAGGGACCCUCCUGCCCUGAGAGGAAAGGAGCAGCAGGAGCCUGGAUUCCCCCAUCCCUGCAGAAUCUGGACACAGUGUCCACUGCAGAGGCUGCAGGGGGGACAUGCCGUGGCUGCUUCUGGGGAGUGAUGGCCCCUCCUUGCUUGCAGUUUCCCCCGACAGAGGAGGACUUGAGAGACGUAACUCAGCUGGUGGCCAACUACCCCCAGGGAUUUGUGACCUGGAUGGGCCCCUCUUGUCAUUCUCUGCCAUCCAAACAUCACCUGUUCUGUCACCAUCACCACAGAUCCCCCCUGAGACAUGAUGGCGAAGAGCAACGAGGAGGGCUUGCGGCUGGUGGAGGACCUGGGCCACUACUUCCGUGACGUCUACCUCUGGUGGAUGGGACCCCUCUACCCCAUCCUGCGGCUCGUCCACCCUAAGUUCGUUGCCCCCCUGCUCCAGGCCCCAGCUGCCAUCGCACCUAAGGAUAUGUAUUUCUACAGCUUCCUGAAGCCCUGGCUGGGGGACGGGCUCCUGCUGAGUGCUGGUGACAAGUGGAGCCACCACCGCCGCCUGCUGACACCUGCCUUCCACUUCGAAAUCUUAAAGUCCUAUAUAAAGAUUUUCAACAAGAGUGCAGACAUCAUGCACGCCAAGUGGAAGCGCCUGGCCUCGGAGGGCAGUGCCCAUCUGGACAUGUUUGAGCACAUCAGCCUCAUGACCCUCGACAGUCUGCAGAAAUGUGUCUUCAGUUUCGACAGCAAUUGCCAGGAGAAUCCCAGCGAAUAUAUUGCUGCCAUCUUGGAGCUCAGUGCUCUUGUGACAAAACGGCACCACCAGAUCUUCAUGCGCAUGGACUUCCUGUACUACCUCACUCCCGAUGGGCGGCGCUUCCGUAGGGCCUGUGACCUGGUGCACGACUUCACAGAUGCUGUCAUCCAGGAGCGGCGCCGCACUCUUUUUAGCCAGGAUUCGCAUGACCUCCUCAAGGCUAAGGCUAAGACCAAGACUUUGGACUUCAUCGAUGUGCUCCUGCUGGCCAAGGAUGAAGAUGGGAAGGAACUGUCAGAUGAGGACAUCCGAGCUGAAGCUGACACCUUUAUGUUUAGGGGACAUGACACCACAGCCAGCGGCCUCGCCUGGGUCCUGUACAACCUCGCGAGGCACCCAGAGCACCAGGAGCGCUGCCGGCAGGAGGUGCGAGAGCUCCUGAGGGACCGUGAGCCUAAAGAGAUUAAGUGGGACGACCUGGCCCAGUUGCCCUUCCUGACCAUGUGCAUCAAGGAGAGUCUGCGGUUGCAUCCCCCAGUCGCGGCCAUUUCCCGCUGCUGCACCCAGGACGUUGUGCUCCCGGAUGGCCGGGUCAUCCCCAAAGGGAACAUGUGUGUCAUCAGCAUCUUCGGGAUACAUCACAACCCGUCAGUUUGGCAGGACCCUGAGGUCUAUGAUCCAUUCCGCUUCAACCCAGAAAACCCCCAGAAGAGAUCACCCCUGGCUUUUAUUCCCUUCUCUGCGGGGCCCAGGAACUGCAUCGGGCAGACGUUCGCCAUGACGGAGAUGAAGGUGGUCCUGGCGCUCACGCUGCUGCGCUUCCGCGUCCUGCCGGCCGGGGAGGAGCCGCGCCGGAAGCCGGAGCUGAUCCUGCGCGCCGAGGGCGGACUGUGGCUGCGGGUGGAGCCGCUGAGCGCGGGCCCCCAGUGA